AUGUUAUCAUAUUGACUGGAGUGUUUGAUCAUUGUCUACCCUGUUUUCUCAAUACUGAGUAGGCGUGUUCUUAAAAACUAGGUGUGUACUAAAAUUCAACGUACACACCUUAUAGGACGAUAAUAGACGGACACGGGUGUUGACAAAAUGGCUAACACACCCGAGAAAGUUGACACAAGCAGGCAAAAUGACGGUAAGCACUCUAUUGAGAUGAAAAACGUCGGUGACGAUGGCAAUUCUACGCCAAUUCCUCAUCGUCGUUCUCAACAGUCGGUGCUUAACAGCAUUGGCCGUGCCUUAUCCAAGACUAUUGUUGGUACAUCCAUUACCAGUUUUGCCGACAAUGUCGAAUCUGAAGUGGCAACUAGGUUGUCCAAGAACUUGAUGAACGCUGAAGACUUCAUUGAAGUUGCUCGUAUGCGUGACAGUUUGGCUGUUGAAAAGGCCAAGGUGAAGGCCCAUGAAAAAAGCAUUGCUGCUGGCAAAUCACGUUAUGCAUCUGUUCCAGUGGAAGAGAUCAUGGAAGAAUUUGGUGUUCAAGAUCUUUCUCAAGGUUUAACUGACGCCCAGUGUGAGCUGAACUGCGGUCUCUACGGUAAAAAUGUGCUAGAGACUUGCCACAAGCCACCACUAUGGCGCAUUUACCUUGGUCAAUUCUGCAAUUUCGUUGUUUUGCUACUUAUUGCUGCUGCUAUUGGUAGUAUGGCACUCGGUAACAUUGUAGAAGGAGCUUUCAUUAUUGUCAUUACCAACAUCAACGCUGGUAUGGCCACAUACAUGGAAAAGUCUGCUGCUGAUGCUCUUGAGAAGCUUGCUGAAAUUUCAGCCCCUACCACCACUGUUAUUCGUAAUGGUGAGGAAAUUGAAAUUGACUCUAAGGAUGUUGUUUGUGGUGAUAUUGUUAUCCUUAACAUGGGUGACACUGUUCCCGCUGAUGUUAGGAUUGUUGAGGUUAAGGAGAUCAAACUUAACGAGGCCCUUCUUACUGGUGAAUCUGAACCGGUUAAGAAGCACUUGGUAGCUGAUGAUUUGAAUGCUCCAUUUGCUACCAACAUGUGUUUCGCUUCUACAUCUGUUGUAUGUGGUUCCGCUAAGGGUAUUGUUGUUACCACCGGUAUGCAAACCCAGGUGGGACACAUUGCCACUCAACUGAAAUCAGCUUUAUCAGGUAGUGAUGUGACUCCGCUGCAAAGCAGCCUUAACAGCCUUGGUGGUAUUAUUGGUAUCAUUUCAAUUUUCGUUUUGAUUACCAUUAUUGUUGUUGCCAUUGUUACCAAAUAUGAAGACCCAACCCGUCCAGACACAAACCGUGUAUUGGCUAUUGUCCUCCUCGCUGUUGGUUUCGCCGUUUCUGCUAUUCCUGAAGGUUUGCCUAUGGUUGUUACCAUUUCCCUAUCAUUGGGUGCCAAGGAUAUGGCUGACCGCAAUGCUAACAUUAGGAAGCUUCCUGCUGUUGAGACAUUGGGUUGCUGCUCCAUUAUUUGCAGUGACAAGACUGGUACUUUGACUGAGGGUAAGAUGACUUCCAUCUCUGCUAUGAUUUUCCACAAUGAAGAUGACGGUUGGAAGGCCUCUGAGCUUCAGUUCUACCCUACUAUGGGUUUCAACCCAUAUGGUGGUGUCUUCAAACCUGAGCAUCUCACAGAUGAUUUCAAGGCUGAACUCCAAAAGCAGACUCAUGCUGCUGCCUCCUUUGACAAUGUAACGAACAAUGUCUGUGCUAAGGGCAACACUUCAUCUGACUCCAAGCAAAUCAGAGCCUGUAUGCUUUCUGCUUACCUCAACUCUAACUCAACUCGCGUUGAGCAAGACGAGGCUUCAAAGGCUUGGGUUGCAAUGGGUAACAUGACUGAGUGUCCUAUCAUUGUAGCUUCUGCCAAAUGUGGUAUCGGUUCUACUAUUAACAAAUCUGAUGCUACCUAUGACGAUCACCCAAUGCUCAAGGACCUUGAGGUGCCAUUCAACUCUGGAAGAAAGAUGAUGGUUACGAUUCACAAACUGAAGACUGAAAACAUGUUCGGUGAUUUGAAUUUGACUAAUGGUUUCAAGACCUACACCCAUGUUGCUACCAUUAAGGGUGCCCCUGAUAUGUUGUUCAAAUACCGCAUCGUUACUGUCAAGAGGAACGGUGAGGAAUGCGUCAUUGACUGGGCUUCGGGUGACAUUGAGAACAACGAGACUCUGUUGAAUGUUAUGAAGAAGGCCAACAACGAUUUGAGUAGCAGGGCUCUUAGGGUGUUGUUGGUUGGUAUGUUCCCUCUUACCGCUGAAGACAUCACUGCUCUGGAGGGUUGUGAGGACUCUGACAGUAGGCUCAACUGGUUGUUGAAUGGACAUGAACAUGGCUCAUCACCCUUGGUUUUGCUUGGUUUCAUUGGUAACCUUGAUCCACCAAGAUUCGGUGUUAAGGAAGCUGUUGCCACUUGUGGUAAGGCUGGUGUUCGUGUUGUUAUGAUUACUGGUGACCAGAAGCCCACCGCUACUGCCAUUGGUAAGGACAUUGGUUUGUUCAACCAGUUCGAUUACCUUGGUGACGAAAACUCCGGUGUCAUUGAGUGUAGCCAGAUGCACAUUAACAACGACCACUUCCGCGAGUAUCUUCCCGACGGUGUCAUUGACUCCUUUACUUCGCGUGUCUCAGUGUUCUGCCGUGCUCAACCUGAGGACAAGGUUGUUAUUGUCAAAUCAUUGAAGAGGCAGGGUUACCUGACUGCCAUGACUGGUGAUGGUGUUAACGAUGCUCCAGCUCUUAAGACUGCCGAUAUUGGUGUUGCUAUGGGUAUCAACGGUACUGAUGUUGCCAAGGGUGCUGCUGAUAUGGUUCUUCUUGAUGACAACUUCUGUACCAUUGUUAACUCCAUUGAGUCUGGUCGUACCAUCUACGCCAACAUCCAGAAGUUCGUUUCAUUCUUACUGGGUACUAACAUUGGUGAGAUCUUCUACCUCACUACUGCUAUUCUCAUGAAGACUCUGCCACCAGUUGAGGCCCUGCAGAUUCUGUUCUUGAACUUCGUUACCGAUGGUUGCCCUGCUGUAGCUCUUUCCCGUGAGCCACCAGAGGAUGAUGUGUUAACCACUAAACCUAGGGAUCCUGGUCAGCCGAUUAUGACUCGCAACUGGUGGUUAUAUGGUAAUAUCCCUCACACCAUUUUCCAGGGUAUCUUCGUCAUUGGUAGCAUUCUCACUGCUCUAUACAUUUCCACUGGUGUGAUUUUCGUAAAGGAUAUUCACGAACAGUGCAAAUAUGUUGAGCUUGCAAAUGGUGCUGGUACUAAGUAUAGGUACACCUACUUCUGCAAGUCGUACGAAUACCGUGUGGAAUCUUCAUAUGUUGGAUGGGUAACUAACAUUGAUUACUACGAUCCAGAAGAUAAGAAAAUGAAAACGGUACUCGGUGCGGCGAAAGGAAUGAUUGAUACUUUGAAGCCUAAUAGCGAGGAGCUUAUACCUCAGGUUAAAGAUCGUCUUAAGGAUUUAGCAGAAACAAUUAAAAAGGGUGAUUUCACAGAUAAGGUGGAACUCGAUGCCAAUGGAUGGAUAAAGCCUAAGGACACUCAAGUUGUUUCAAACGGUAAAACGCCAAUUGGAGCUGGUGAAUAUGGUUACUUCGAUAUUACUGCUAGGAAAACAACUCAGGCACGUACAAUGUCUUUCAUCACCGCUGUAUGGUGUGAAAUGCUUCGUGCCUACACUGUACGUAGCUGGGACUACUUCUUCAACGUAUUCAACCGUAAUCCAUGGAUGCACAUAGCUUGCGGUAUUUCGGCUACUGCUACCUUCAUUGCAACAAUAUUGCCAAACUUCAGCAAGAUUAUGCAUCUUGUAUCCCUUGCUUGGUGGCAAUACCUUAUUGCCAUUGGUUUUGCUAUGAUGACCCUCGUCCUUGACGAAGGUAUUUCCAAGGUAUUGUACUGGCGUUAUGCCGAAAAGUAAACACACUAUUAUUAUAAUUAAUAUGUUGAAUAAUU